AUGGCAACACAUCUUCUUAUCCUGUGUGAGCACGGUCAAGCCUCAGCAGACCCCACCACGAGCGAUCGAUCCGCGCCGAUCACCAACCCCACUGACACCCACCUGGCGGCAGAGGUCGAAGGCCGAAACAGCGGUCAAAAGUCGGAUGGCUCGGUGGGCCACGUUGAUGCGUUUGGCAGCGAAGCGCCGCCGGAGCGGGAAGAGGCAGAUGUGCUCGGAUGA